CGCUUCGGAAAGACGUUGUUUCUUCCGUGCAAUCAAUUCCACUAUUCCAAAUUUCCCAUUCCCUCGCUUCAGUUUCCCUCCGUUGAUUAGAGAAUGAGGAGCUGAGCUGAUGAAUCAGUAUUACUAGGUGCACGUCGUUCACAAUGGAAGGAAGCAUCUUAGUUGAUUCGGAGCCGUGUGGCAGCGGUGGCAACAAAACACAGAAAGGAAAAGUGGCGAGGGGAAAUUUCGUUGGGGGCCCAACGAAGAAAAUGCUGACUGACAUAACAAAUUUGCAGCAGGAGCACCUAAAGCCAUCAAACCAACCUGCCAAGAAGCAAUCUGCUACCCUAGGAGUUGACGAAUCUACUGACCAACUUCUGAAGGAAAAUGCGAUGCUGAUGAAGCUUCUGGCAAGCAGAAAUGCUAUUAUAGAAUCAAGUAAAGCAGAGCUACAGAAAUUGCAAGGCAAUUUUCAGAAACUGAGCAUGCAAAAUGUGGAUCUUGCUCGGGCAAAUAGCCAGAUGUUGGUGGAACUUAAUUCUAGUAGACAGAGGCUGAGGGAACUCCAGCUUGAACUAGGAUGCAAAAAUGGCAUACUCAAAGCUGCGAAAUUAGAACCAAAGGAAAAAAAGCAGACAUCAAAAUUGAAAGAUAAAAUCACUGCAAAUGAGAGUCAGCUAUCGGGUCAAACUUUUAAAGCAGAUGGAAGAGAGGAUAUUCUUUCCGAUGCCAAAAGGAGAAAAGUCUCUAAAUCUCAAUCUUCUGGAUCUGCUGUUAUUAAACAAGCUAACCCCAAAGAGAAGGUCGACAACCAAAGGUACUGUUUGAGGACGCAGUCUAUGGGGUUCAAAUAUGAAAAGCCAGGGGUCACAGAAGAUUCCUUAGAGAUUGAUGACACCAAACCAUGUGUAUCUCAUCUGCAAGAAAAUCUGGUAAAAAGAAAGGGAACAACAGCUAAAGAAGAAACCAGAGUAGACACUGAAUAUGCAGGACCUUCUUCCAUUGUGCAAAUUCCCUUAGGGAAUAUCGAAAACAGAAGGCAAAGUUUGAGAAGGCAAUCUGCUAGGUUUAGGACUGAAAUAUCAGAAUCAACUGAAGAAACCAGAGAAGACACUAAAUUUUCAGGGCUUCCUACUGUUGAGCAAGUUGACAGAAAGGAGAAUGUUGAUAAGAGAAUUAUGAGAAGGCAAUCUGCCAGGUUAAAGCCUGAAGAUCCUAAACCAACUGAAGACUUGUUUGAGAUUGAUGAUCCAAACUUUGCUGUUCCUUUACACGAUAGUGUAAUAAAGAGAAGCAGUCCAUCAACCUCAUGUGUGGAUUCUGGACAACAAAUGAAAGAAAAUCAUUCCGUUAAGUUUGAACCUCAGGAAGUUCGAAGAUCAUCUGUUGGGAGGCCACUGCGUCGAGCUGUUGAAAAGGUUCAGAGCUACAAGGAAAUUCCAAGGAAUGUGAAGCUGCGCAGAGCUGACUGAAUUAUAGGUGGUUGUCUGUUUUUACUUUUAGUGUUCGGCAAGUCUGUUGUCUGUUUAACAAUUAGUAGUUUAUAGAUGAAAAGCAAAGUGAAGUUCAAUCCCGCGAUAUUAAGUUCUUUGCUUCUUAUAGCUUUCUUGUCUGGACCCCAUUCUUGACACUUGAAAAGAAAGAAUACAAACCGAAGCUUGUUCUGCUGCGAUUAUCUCUUGAUGAUGAAAUGGAGAACACAUUAUGCAUAAGAUGUACUGGAGUAGCUGACAAAUAUCUGCCUUUUUGGUUACUGAUUACUGAAUCUAAACUUCUACGGUU